AUCUACAAAGACUAAAUCCAACCGUCCAAUAUUGACAGCAAAAACUUGAAAUUUCAAAACCAAGAGGGGGAGGAGUGUGUGUUCUUUCUUCUUCUUCUUGCAGCCCUUUCUUUUUUUUCUCUCUGCAAUUCACUUUCUCUCUCUAAAAACCUUCCCAAAUUUCCUUCACUAUCACUCUCUCUCUAAAACCUCUCUCUCAUUCUCUCAUUGUAUCACCAAUUUUGGAUCCAAUAUAUAACUUUUUUGAAUUUUCAAAAAAAAAAUUAAUUUUUUAUUCGAAAUUUAAAUUCCGAGCUUCGAAAUCCGUGUCCAAAAUUGUCCAUACUCUGAAUCUAUUUGAUUUUUUGAAAAUUCUGAGAGAAAUAUCGUAAUCGGUGUUCGUUUUGGGUUUGAAUUUGAAUUUGAAAUUCUGCGUUUCGAUUGUGAUUCUGUCGUUUAUUAUGGAAGAAGGUGAAGGAGGAGAUUGUGGUCGGAAGAAUGCUCCGUUGGUUUCGGAAUUUGUUGUGGCUGCUUCACCGGCGGCGGCUGCAACGGCGUGGUUGGAUGCUCCGGCAAAGAAGCUAGCGAGACAGCUAGAUUUUAAUGCUACGAUGGAACAGUCGAAACCUCAGCUGCAGACAGCCACUGUGUCGGUGCAGAAACCGGCGGGUGGUUUGCCUUUGCCGCCGAUGGGACUUCAUCACUCUUCUGUGAGGGUUGGGAAACCAGAAUCUCCCAAACCAAGAUCAAGACCUAACUUUGAAAUGAAAGAAGGUACUCCAAAGAAGCAAAAGCAGUGCAAUUGUAAACACUCUAAAUGCUUAAAACUAUAUUGUGAAUGUUUUGCAUCGGGAAUAUACUGUGACGGUUGCAACUGUGCAAAUUGUUUCAACAAUGUUGAUAAUGAAGCUGCUAGACGAGAGGCUGUUGAAGCUACUUUAGAGCGCAAUCCAAAUGCAUUUAGGCCCAAAAUUGCGAGCAGCCCUCAGGGAGCACGCGACAGCAGGGAGGAGGCUGGAGAAGGUGUAAUAUUAGUAAAACAUAACAAGGGGUGCCAUUGUAAAAAAUCCGGCUGCCUUAAGAAGUACUGUGAAUGCUUCCAAGCCAACAUUCUUUGUUCUGAGAACUGUAAAUGCAUGGACUGCAAGAACUUUGAGGGAAGUGAAGAGAGACAGGCUUUGUGUCAUGGAGAUCAAAAUAACAACACUUUUAUUCAGCAAGCGGCAAAUGCUGCUAUAACUGGAGCUAUUGGUUCCUACGGCUAUUCAUCUCCUCCAGUAUCAAAGAAACGAAAAGGUCAGGAACUCUUCUUAUGGCCUACAGCCAAGGAUCCAUCAAUUGGCAAACCGGGACAACAGGUAAACCAUGUAAAAAAUUCAGCACCCUCGUCAUCAUUAUCACCCGCCUCAAGUGGUCGUGUUGCAAAUGCAACAUUAGGUCAGAGUCCAUCAAAAUUAAAGUACAGGUCUCUUUUAGCAGACAUUGUACAACCACACCACCUCAAAGAGCUUUGUUCAGUUUUGGUGCUACUAUCUGGACAAACUGCAAAAACACUUGCAGACCAGAAAAAUUUAGUGGAAAAGCGUACAGAAGAUGAGACACAAACAUGCCUUGCUUCUUCAACUCAAGAGCAAUUAUUACCAAGUAAAAAAGAAGUUGAUGCUUUGAAAACUAUGGAAGAUGAUUGUUCGAGUGCAAAUCAAACAGAUAAAAUCAGCCCAGGUAAUUCCUGUUCAGAUGGUGCUGACGUCUCAAAAGGGAGACCAAUGUCUCCUGGGACUUUAGCCUUGAUGUGCGACGAGCAAGAUACAAUGUUCAUGCCAACUGCCUCUCCCAUUGGGCCAAUGACGCAAGCUUGCAACACAUCUUCGCGGUUUCCUAGUGGACAAGGAGUGACAGAGGUCUAUGCCGAGCAAGAAAGAGUUGUAUUAACACAAUUUAGAGAUUUUCUCAAUAGAGUUAUCACUAUGGGAGAAAUAAAUGAGACAAAAUGUUCUUCAUUGGCUAGAAGUGAAUUAGAGGGUCAAAAGGAUCCAAUCAACAAUGGAAUUGGAAACACCAGUACUGAGAUAGUACAUUUACAAGAAGCCACUAGCAAUGGUGAUGCCAAACCUGUAGUUCCACCUAUGGCCACAACUUCAACCCCCGUUGUGGUCCCUGGUGAUACUAUAGCUGAAAAUGGUGAAACUAAGCUGAAUAUGGAAAAAGAGGUAUGAAAGGAAUCUAACUUAGAAGAAUUUGCAGAGGUACCCCUGAAAGAAGAAAUGAGAGAAAUAUCUUUAAGGGUUUAGAACUUCUCUGCAAUGUAAUUAAAAAAACAUCUCCAUUAGUCAUUUUCUGCAUUUCUCCUCUGUGAAGGUCUGUUAAGCAUUCAGACCUCACCAUUAAUCCAUGGAGGAUCAAUUUUUUCUUCCAUCAAUUUUCUUACUCUACUUUGGCCAUUCAUAAAUAUCUAAUUUUAUUGUUUUUCAGCUUCAUCA